GUCCUCAUUGAUUGAAUAUAUCAUCAUAUCAUAAAAAUCAACUUGAAGGAUCAGAGUUUUUCCAAAAAGAAAGCACACUGAAAGACAGAUCUCUCUCCGCUGAAACUAGUGAACGAGGCGCUUGGCGGCUUGGGAAAUGGGGAUAUAUCUGAGCUCCCCCAAAACAGAAAAGGCAUCAGAAGAUGGUGAGAACAACAGGCUUCGAUAUGGCCUAUCAUCUAUGCAAGGGUGGCGUGCAACCAUGGAAGAUGCGCAUGCAGCCUAUCCAGAUUUGGACACAUCAACUUCUUUCUUUGGCGUUUAUGAUGGCCAUGGAGGUAAAGCAGUGUCCAAGUUCUGUGCCAAGUAUCUUCAUCAACAGGUGCUCAAGCAUGAAUCAUACAUGGCUGGAGAUUUGGGCAGUUCAGUACAGAAGGCAUUUCUCAGAAUGGAUGAGAUGAUGCGUGGACAAAGAGGAUGGAGAGAAUUAGCUAUUUUGGGAGACAAAAUGGACAAGAUUUCUGGUAUGAUAGAAGGGCUUAUAUGGUCUCCUAAGAGUAAUGAAGCUAACAAUCAUGUGGAUGAUUGGCCUCUGGAGGAGGGACCUCACUCUGACUUUCAUGGACCAAAUGCUGGAAGCACAGCUUGUGUUGCAAUUAUAAGAAGUAACCAACUUGUGGUGGCAAAUGCUGGUGAUUCGCGCUGUGUCAUUUCCAGAAAGGGCCAGGCAUAUAAUCUAUCUAAAGAUCACAAGCCUGAUCUUGAGGUUGAGAAGGACAGGAUCCUGAAAGCCGGUGGUUUCAUCCGAGUAGGUCGUGUCAAUGGAAGUCUCAACUUGGCACGAGCUAUAGGAGAUAUGGAAUUUAAGCAGAAUAAAACCAUGCCCGCAGAAAAGCAGAUUGUAACUGCUAAUCCUGAUGUAACAACUGUUGAGCUUUGCGAGGACGAUGAGUUUCUUGUUCUUGCCUGUGAUGGGAUCUGGGAUUGCAUGUCCAGCCAACAAUUGGUCGACUACAUUAGAGAUCAAUUAAAAACGGAAAGUAAACUCUCAGUUGUUUGUGAGAGAGUAUUUGACAGAUGCUUGGCACCUACAGCUGGUGGUGAAGGAUGUGACAACAUGACUAUGAUCUUGGUUCAGUUUAAGAAACCUUUUAACCAAAGUGCUACUUCUCCUGAGGAGCAGCCUUCAUCAUCCAAUCAACCGCCUGGUCCAAGUGAAAGCUCUUCAAAGACUGAAUAGACAGAUGAUACAAGUAUACGACUCACAGGCUCAGACCUAGUUGCCAUUGGUGCCGUUAUUCGAUGAAGCUCGCCGAUCAGUUUAAGAUUCCAGUGAGUAAAUUUUCCUUGAUAAUGCACUUAUUUUCCAUUAGUCGAUUGCUUGUUAAAGACUGAACUUGUUUUGUAAAGUAAAAUUCUCUUGUGAAACGUCUUGCCAAUUUUAUCUCUAUCUCUAUCCCAGCAAAUUUUCUCAUUCCCCAUGGCUUUUCAUUUUCUCACGUAUGAGAAGUUGAAAUUUUUUGUCUUUUGUAAUGGAUAAUUGAAGUGAAUCUAGUGAAUUGGUCACUUUAACAAA